AUGGGCAACGCUUGCAGCAGCUGCUGCGGGUGCGCAAAGUCGAGGAACGCAAACUACGAACCCCUCCUCCUCGACAAUGAGCGCGACGCCGUAGCAGACCUCCUCCAGUACCUCGAGAACCGCUCCGAGACCAACUUCUUCACCGGCGACCCGCUCCGCUCCCUCUCGACGCUCUCCUUCAGCGACAAUGUCGACCUCCAGAGGAGCGCCGCGCUCGCCUUUGCCGAAAUCACUGAAAAAGAGGUGCGCGAGGUGGGCCGCGACACCCUCGAACCCAUCAUGUUCCUCCUCCAGAGCCACGACGUAGAGGUGCAGCGCGCCGCCAGCGCAGCCCUCGGAAACCUCGCCGUCAACGCCGAAAACAAGCUCCUCAUCGUCAAGCUCGGCGGCCUCGAGCCCCUCAUCCGCCAGAUGCUCAGCCCAAACGUCGAGGUCCAGUGCAACGCCGUCGGCUGCAUCACCAACCUCGCCACCCACGACGACAACAAGACAAAGAUUGCAAAGUCGGGCGCCCUCGUCCCCCUCACCCGCCUCGCCCGCUCAAAGGACCAGCGCGUGCAGCGCAACGCCACCGGCGCCCUCCUCAACAUGACCCACAGCGACGAGAACCGCCAGCAGCUGGUCAACGCCGGCGCCAUACCCGUCCUCGUCGGCCUUCUCGGCAGCUCCGACACCGACGUCCAGUACUACUGCACCACCGCCCUCUCCAACAUCGCCGUCGACAGCGCAAACCGCAAGAAGCUCGCCCAGACCGAGCCCCGCCUGGUCCAGAACCUCAUCGGCCUCAUGGAGAGCUCCAGCCUCAAGGUCCAGUGCCAGUCGGCCCUGGCGCUGCGCAACCUGGCCUCGGACGAAAAGUACCAGAUCGAGAUUGUGCGCAGCGGCGGCCUGCCGCCGCUGCUCCGGCUGCUCCGCUCGUCGUUCCUGCCCCUCAUCCUCUCGGCGGCGGCGUGCGUGCGCAACGUCUCGAUCCACCCCAUGAACGAGUCGCCCAUCAUCGACGCCGGCUUCCUCCACCCCUUGAUCGACCUGCUGAGCCACGAGGACAACGAGGAGAUCCAGUGCCACGCCAUCAGCACGCUGCGCAACCUGGCCGCCAGCAGCGAGCGCAACAAGACGGCCAUUGUCGAGGCCGGCGCCGUCGAGCGGAUCAAGGAGCUGGUGCUCAACGUGCCGCUGAGCGUCCAGAGCGAGAUGACGGCGUGCGCCGCCGUGCUGGCCCUCUCCGAGGACCUCAAGCCGCAGCUGCUCGAGAUGGGCAUCUGCGAGGUCCUCAUCCCGCUCACGGCCUCGUCGUCGAUCGAGGUGCAGGGCAACUCGGCGGCGGCGCUGGGCAACCUCUCGUCCAAGUCGGACGACUACGCCCCCUUCAACGCCGUCUGGUCGAGCCCCGAGGGCGGCCUGCACGGCUACCUGGUGCGCUUCCUCGAGUCGCAGGACUCGACCUUCCAGCACAUUGCCGUCUGGACCAUUGUCCAGCUCCUCGAGAGCGGCGACGCCCAGCUCGAGGAAAACAUCCGCAGCAGCGACCAGCUCCUCCCGCUCAUUGCGCAGCUCUCGCACGCCGCCCCCGCCUCGGCAAACGGCCACAGCGGCGACGAGAGCGCAGACGUCGACGGCAGCGAAGACGGCCAGGGCGCCGAGGGCGAGAUUUCCAGCCUGGCGAGAAAGAUCCAGGAGAUUAUCGCAGAGUCCGACAUGCAGUAA